ACUCUUCCCGGAGCAAGUUCACCUGCUACACACGGCGCCUCCCACACUCUUUGUCACCGGACCGCCCAGUACAGGUAAAACUGUGGUGCUGCUGCUGAUGGCCAUAGAGUGGCUGCGGUGUGGUCACGACGUCUACAUUGUCAGUACAUGGAUGGGGAGUCGUGCAGCGUGCAUCAUGUUGCAUUACCUGUUGCUGCAGACGGUAAACACACAACAGUCAGCAGGUGUAUCACACGGUCAGCUUCACCUCAUGCAGUAUGAUCUUGAUGACAGUGAAGACGUGGAGAAGGCCGUCAACGACUUGUCACAGGAGGCUAUAGGAAGGUCGUUGUACGUCAUCGCUGAUGAAGUAGGGAGUGAGUUGAGAAUCAACAACUUUGGGACUUUCUGUAACAAGCUGCUGACACAAGUUCCUAGUCUCCAUCUUUGGGCGGCAAGUUGUUUCCCUGAACACAGACCCGCCGGUUGGGAAGUUAAAUAUUUAUCCACACCCCUGCGCUCUCCACCUGUCGUCGUCACGGAAGUCGAGCAGGACCUGAGGAUCACUAGAUUCCGUGAUGUCGACCCGAACAGUCAGCAAGGUGUGCCCGACCACACAGACAGCCCGUCAGUCACACGACUGUAUCACCGAGGUCUGGGUCACUCAGGUCGCUGGCCAGGUGACUGUGUCACGUGCGGUCGUGAGGUGGCCAGCUUCCUACACAGACUCAGUGUUGGUGUUACGGAGACCAGCACAACAACAUCUACAACAUUGACCUCUACCAUCGGCAGCUCCCCACCACCCUGUCUGCAGUGGAGAGAUGUGCUGGUGUUUUCCUGGCGUGACGUAAAUGAUCAGUCGGGUGUGGUCACAGGACUAAACAAAGCGGGUAUCCCAGCGCGGGUGAUGAAGGAUGAUGACAUCGAGGACGUGGCCACCGCCCACAGUGACGUGGUGUGGGUGACAAAUGCACGUGUUUAUGGUCUGAAGAGAAAAGUUGUCGUCUAUCUGCAGUACUUUGAUUUUGAUUCAAUGAGAUUUACGGAGUUUUAUCAAGGCAGCGAUUGCUCCUCGCGACUUGACCUCGUGCCCCGCAGUACUUCACAACUUGUGAUUGUCUCCCUUUACUAACAGCCGCCUGAAGGUGACUGUCACUGACACACCUUUUACCUGUUGUAAUCGUGUGUCUGUCUGGCAUCAACACUUGUCUUCAGUGUUUCUCCUCGUAUACUUUCAGUCUAUCACCACGUCAUGCAAUGACGUUCUCACAAUAUACUUAGAAAUAAAUUAUUUAAAAUAAAAUUUUCAUCAAGUUUGUCUGUUGCAGACGUAUGUGCGGUAAUGUGUCAUGUGUGUGCGUGUGUCUAUGUUAAUGUGUCAUCAUAUCCGUGCAUGUGUCAGUCUACAAGUGUGAUAUCUGUGUCAAUGAUGUAAAUGACUAGAUCGCUGGGUACGCAUAUACCCUACUAGUUGGCUGAAGUAACAAAGGAUGAUAAGAUCACAGUAAAGAACUCUGUGUGAGAUGAAAUUUAAAAAAAAUUGUUGCAAUGUUUGUUUUUGUUUUUACUUUUCAUUAAACUGCCCCUUUAUCUGGUCGACAAGUUUGCAGUCAGCCAUCCUGAAAGCCAUUUAUCCAUGUUAUAAGGAUAUACUAAGCAAUCACUCAGACAAAGCAUGAAGUAAUCGCCAUUUGUUAUUGUUAUCAUUAUAAUGAUAAUUCUUGUGAUCAUCUUCAGCAACAGGAAAGCAUCAUACAUUCUCUUUAUAUCUAGUCACUGUACUCGAAAAUAUAUUGUUUUGAGAAGAUGGGAUGUUCCUUUUGUAGCUGGGACUUUUUCUUAUUUUGUGACUGUAGCAUUAAAGUUUACUCCCUAAA